CGUUGCCUCUCCAUUCCUCAGCCUCUUUGUCCGCGCACCAUGGCGUCCCGCCGGUACGCGGCCCGCAGCUCGUCCGCCGUCCAGAGCGAGCCGGAGGGGGGAGCCGCUCCGCGGGGUCCCUACGGAGAACCGCACAAGUUUGAUCCUUCCUUCAGAGGUCCAGUCCGCAGAAGAUGCUGUACUGAUAUCUUAUGUUGUUUGAUCUUCAUCGUUGUCGUCUUCUCGUAUGCGGCCCUGGGGAUAGUGGCCUGGCUACAUGGGGACCCCAGGAAGGUGCUGUACCCAACCGACAGCUCUGGCCACUUCUGUGGUCAGAAGGAGACGUCCAAUGUGAGGAAACCCAUCCUUUUCUAUUUCAACAUCUUGAAAUGUGCCAACCCAGCUAUUCUCAUCAACCUGCAGUGCCCCACAACACAGAUGUGUGUGUCUAAGUGCCCGGACAGGUUUGCCACCUACACGGAGAUGCAGCUUCAACACAAACUCGGAACGAGUCACUGGGAAUAUUACAGACAGUUCUGCAAGCCUGGCUUUAAUAACCCUGACAAGCCAGUGUCUCAGGUUCUCCGAGAUGAGGACUGUCCCUCCAUGAUUGUCCCCAGUAGACCAUUCCUCCAGAGAUGUCUGCCAGACUUCAUCACUCAGAAUGGAACCGUGACCGUAGCGAACAGAACCAGCUUUAAAGACGCUCUGGAAAUGGCUCGCAGUGUAACUGAACUCCAACAUGCUGCCAAGGGCAUAACGGGACUAGUGGACACGAAGGAGCUGAGCAUGAAGGUCAUGGAGGACUAUGCCAAGUCAUGGCCGUGGAUUCUUCUAGGGCUGCUGCUGUCCUUGGCUGUCAGUCUGCUCUUCAUCCUGCUGCUGAGGUUCACAGCUGGCUUGCUGCUGUGGACCACCAUCACCACCGUCAUACUGCUGCUGGCAUACGGUGUGUGGCUGUGCUCCGUGGAGCUGUCUCAGCUCAGGCACAGGCCGGGCUCCAAUGUGGCCAUCGUAGAGGUGGGGCUGCAGACUGACCUGCAGGUCUAUCUGCAGCUCACACAGACAUGGAUCAUACUACUGGUGUCUCUGGUGGUGGCAGAAGCUUCCAUCUUGUUGAUGUUGAUCUUCUUGAGAAGAAGGGUGCAGGUGGCCAUUGCUAUGCUCAGAGAGGCCAGCAAAGCCAUCGGUCACAUGAUGUCCACACUCUUCUUUCCAGUCAUCACCUUUCUCCUGUUGACUGUGUGCUUCUUCUACUGGGCGGUAACUGCGGUCCACCUAGCAUCCUCAGGCCAAGCCGUCUACAAAGUCAUGUCUCCUGAAGUCGGCUGCCUCCAUGCCAACAGCACUUGCAACCCAGAGACCUUCAACACGAGCAACACGUCCCAAUCCGCGUUGUGUCUGGGUUCUCAGUGUCUGUUCGCCUUCUACGGCGGGGAGACGGCCUUCCACCGCUACCUCUUCCUGCUGCAGCUGUCCAACCUUCUGGUCUUCCUCUGGCUGGUCAACUUCCACCUGGCCCUGGAGCAGUGCACCCUGGCUGGGACGUUUGCCAGCUACUACUGGGCCAGGAGGAAGCCUCAGGACAUCCCGCCGUGUCCACUUCUUUCAUCGUUCAGCAGGGCAAUCAGGUAUCACACAGGGUCUUUGGCUUUUGGAGCUCUAAUUCUCUCAGUUGCCCAACUGGUACGGAUCCUACUGGAAUACCUUGAGCAGAAACUAAGAGGUGUGGACAACAGCCUUUCCAGGUUCAUGCUGCACUGUCUGCAGUGUUGUUUCUGGUGUUUGGAGAAAGUAAUACGCUACAUGAACCAUAACGCUUACAUCAUGGUGGCGAUUUAUGGCAAGAACUUCUGUACCUCGGCCAGAGAAGCCUUCUUCCUGCUGAUGAGGAAUGUGGUCAGGGUCGCCGUUCUGGACAGAGUAACAGACUUCCUGUUGUUUAUGGGCAAAGUGCUGAUAGCCGGAGGAGUUGGUGCGGUUGCUUACCUCUUCUUAACGAGGAAGAUCCCCGUUAUCCAGGAGGAAGCUCCCAAUCUCCACUACUAUUGGGUCCCCCUGCUGACGGUGGUGAUGGGUGCCUACCUGAUCGCUCACGGUUUCUUCAGCGUCUAUGCCAUGUGUGUCGACACGCUCUUCCUCUGCUUCUGUGAUGACUUGGAGAGACAUGAUGGUAGCUCAGAGAAACCUUUCCUCAUGUCACCAGAGCUGCAUAGAAUUCUUGGAAAAUCCAGUCCGUUGCAUUGAUAACCGAUCCUCCUGCAUGAGCAGGUGGUCUGGUUGGUCGUCAUCCAACAGUCAAAGAUUGGGUCAACGGUGGAGAUCAGAGGGCCGCUGGUGAAAUGACACUAACGCGUCAAUCAGAAGGGAGGAUCUUUGCAACAAUAAGGAAGCUGCUGGAUUCAGGAGCUUCUACUCUGCUAAACACAAAAAUAUCUGCAAUGUUUCAAAAAAUCACCUCUCCCUUCCCCCGAUACACCCCCUGAUCAUUUUUAUAAGCUUCAUGGAAUUUUUGCACGUGUUUUUUUUUUAUUUUAAACUUGCUUCAAAGAUGAUAAAAUGUUCACAUCUUGAUAAAAAAAAGAAGUGUCUUUGUCUUGAGUGCUUUCUUUUGUCUUGCAAUAAGAGAUAAAAUGGAUCUGUACAAUAGGAGCGUCACACUUUGGGU